UUAUAAUAUCGCAUUUAAUUCAUGUAUAAUUGUCUUUAAAUAUUUUUGAAAUUACUUUUAAUAAAUAUAUGUAUAUGACUGCAGACAUGCGUCCUAGGCUUAUGAACAGAAGCAGUUUGACAGGAAAAGAUCAAAUUGAAUAAGUAAUAAGAACAAGGAAGAAUGGCAAAUAUUCCAAUAUUUCAAUACGAUUCAAACGAUUUUCACUAUAUAAUUGAUGACAGCAAUAGAGACGCUUCGAACUUUGAUUCUUUGUUAAAAGAAAAAUGGGAGCAAGCUGAAAAGAACGGUAUUCUUCGUUAUAAGUUAAAUAUCAAAGAAUGGAAAAUAUUAGAAGGACAAUAUCGAUUUCUAGCUCAGCUGAACACAGACAGAGCUUUGAACAGACGACAACCAGAAGAUAUUUCAUCCAUGAAUCAAUCGUUUGACCCGGGCCGUUUCAAUUUUACUAAAAUUUCUGAGAAGGAAAUAUAUUUUUAUGUAGGAAGUGAAGAUGGUAAUGAUGCGAUUGUAGUAAAUAUCAGUCCAAUCGAAUGGGGCCACUGCUUAUUUAUACCAGAAAGAUUUAAAUGCUUACCACAGAGAAUAACAAAGUAUAGCCUGAACAAAAUCAUUGAGUUAAUGCUUCUGAGCAAUUCACCAUAUCUACGCGCAGUUUUUAACAGUUUAUGCGCACAUGCAUCCGUUAAUCAUUUGCAUUGGCAUUUGUAUUAUUUGAAACAUCAGAUGCUUCUGGAGUAUAUCGGUCUUCAACAAUUAGCAGGACCAAUAUUUUGCUUGACAGAUUUCCCAUCUAAAGGAUUUUGUUUGAAACUAUCCUUUUUUCCAGGAAAUAAUAUUUAUAAAUUAGUUGAAUGGGCGUAUAAGAUUGUUGAUUAUUUACAGGAAAGCGAAAUCGCCCAUAAUGUCUACAUCACGAGAGCGAAAAUGGAAAGCAAAGAUAAGGAGUAUAAUGAUUUAAGAGUGUACAUUUGGGGAAGAAACAGCAGUAUUGGUAUCAAGGAUACCAGAUCCUUUGUUCCAGCAGUGUGUGAACUAUUUGGACAUUUAUCGAUAAGAUCUGAACAGUCUUAUCAGAACAUAACUGAGGAUGAAGUAGCUGCAACUGUAAACCAAGUUUGUUCCAGUAAAUUUAAUGCAGUUAAGGAAAAAAUACGUAAAUUAGCUGUGAACAAUACUAUGUCAGAAGAGCCAAGUGAUAUAUUACUUAUACACAAAAAAUGAGUAGUAAAUAAUUGUAUGAUAAGAACUGUAUAUAAUUAGAAGUGUUAACGAAUAUAGAUAAAUCAAUUUUAUUUUUCUCCUAA